UUGCAGUUGAUGUCUCUAGUCCGUGAAAAAGUAUCACGAAAGAAAUAAGUGUUCUAUAACGGUAUUUCGUUUCCUUUUUAUAGGCUGGCGAAAUUUCUAUGGUAGUCUUGGGAGACCAUAUAUAUGCCUGUGGUUGAGCAGCUCCAAAGAAUGUGUUUUUACUACCAUUAAAACCUAACAGCAGUUAGGAAUCUAACAUUAUUUCCCAAACGGUUUUUCUUUCUAUUGCUUUGUCACGACUAAAGGGUUGAAUUCUUAAAUUCGACACGUGUAAAUAAGUUUAUAGGCGAUGCCAGAGAUGAAUUUGGCAUUCAAAUUGUAGGCGUGCCUUUUGCGUAAAAUCAAUGUCGAUUUUGUUUACUAAUCAGUCUAAUAAAAAAAAAAGCGCGGUAGUAGGUUAGCGGAACUCUUCUUGACCUCAGAAGAGAAAAUAUUUCCUGGUCUUGUGGCUUCCUUAUUUGCUUGGCAUUCCGCCACGGAUUGUGAGUCGUGUGCUGAGUUACAAAUGAGCCGAGAAUCUUCUCUCCGUUUAAAUUCCGCUCGCUAUCGAUUGAUAAUAGACGAUACACUGAACUGUACUUCUUUACCACCUGUUGUAAUUGUGAUAAAUGUAUUGAAAAAACUGCUAACCUUAGUACAUUAACCAUUCGUUGAGUUAACCCACUCGCGAUUCUUUUCGGAUUUUUUUGCUUAUUCUUACUCAUCACCUUUGAAAACUUUUAUUUAUUUAAACUUCUCUAUUUCGAUUUUCUUUAUAGUCGGUACAGCGUUACAAGUAGUUAUUUAUAGGGGUGGGCUCUAACCCAAAGACAAGAAAAUCAUUAGGUACAAUCUGUAUUCCGCUCCACUGCUUAACAGCCACCUGUCAAAAUUAGAAAGUCUCGUGCCCUACUACUACUGAUCUCUUUUGUCCCUUCAUCAACUGGUUAGGUUGCAAAAAUGAUUGACGGUGUCAGAAAACAUUGCGGUUUUAGACUUGCAUAACUCGAGUAAGUUUUGUUGUUUGUUAUGUUCCACUAGUCCAGUUUUGUAGGUUAGUGUGGAGACUUCCAAGUCUCCAUUGUCAAUUUUACAACAUGUUUUCGUUUGUUCCAAAUAUCUUUCAUUAUCUAGUAGUUAAAAAAAUACCAUAUGCAGGUUUUCAAAGUCAGAAGUUUCAAAUGACAGAAGGGUCUGUUAUCCAACGUUUUAUUUAGACCAUAACUGAAUGACAUAUCGUACAUUAUUGGUUUAGUUCAUUGGUAGAAGGCGUUUAUGAGAAAACGUUAUGUUUUUUCUUGUGCGUCUUGUUCUAAAAUCUAAAAAGUGUCUGCGAGAAAGUAGACGAUGUCCAGAAAGAAUUUGAGGGUACAAGUAACGGGACUUUUCGCGCCUCUUGUCAAUGAUUUUUUCUUUUUUUAGAUUAUUAUAUUUAUUAUUUCAGACAAGGCCUACCACAUUUUUUUUUUUUUACAAAUACAUUCAAUACAGCGUUCUAAAGCGAAUCCCCUUAAAUCGACAUUUUGAUACAGACCAACUUCAUGUUAUCUUAAAAAAAAAAAAAAAAAAAAACAAAAACAAAAAAAAUGCCUUCAAGGCUUCAGUCCUUCACGCUGUCUUGAUGCGCACCCUGUCUCAAAUUUUAUUUGAGUUCGUGUUGCCCGUGCGUUUGGAAGUCCGUCGUGUGUGUCGCACUUUAUUUUGUUGUUGUUAUUGCAUUGCAGUUUGGAGUUUUUCCGUAUUGUGCUGUGCAACAGUUUUCCCGCUAUGCUUUUGAACCGAUUUAUUGUUAGUUGCUUGUUUUUUCUGUUGACCAUCAGUGCAAUUGACGUCAAUAGUUACAGUUCAAUUAAACAAUAUCGAGACGCAUUAAUCGCCCGUUUACUGUUAAAAAGUUGGAGGAAAAAAGUGGAAGAGCAACGCGUUAGAUUCUUCGAUCGGCUUCCUCAGAGUGUUGAAUCCAGAUAUACAACAACGCAAGUUAUCUCAUACCGAGGAUAUCCUUCCGAGAUUCACCACGUGACUACAGACGACGGUUACAUUAUAGAACUUCAUCGAAUUCCACCUAGGGGUACCGCCAAGAAAGUUGUGUUUUUGCAACAUGGAGUUAUGCAAUCUUCAGGCACUUGGCUCGUCAAUCCUUCCAGUCGUUCGCUGGCAAUAUUACUAGCGGAUCAGUCGUACGACGUAUGGCUCGGUAAUUUCCGUGGUAACAGGUAUUCAAGGAAACAUACAACCCUCGAUCCAAAUUCAGAACAAUAUUGGAAGUUUAGCUGGGAUCAAAUAGGGAAUUAUGAUAUCCCAGCUGUCAUUAAUUAUAUUCUGAAAGAGACGAGUCAACCCAAGUUGACUUACAUAGGACACUCGUUAGGAUGUGGUGUCUUUUUUAUAGCCAUGGUCUUGCAUCCGGAGCUUAAUGCGAAGAUUGAUCUCAUGGUAGGCCUUGCGCCACUUUCAUCUUUUGCCCAUUUUGACGGUAUCUUUAGGAUGUUAACUCCGUUUAGUAAUCCCAUUGAGAAUUUUCUUGAGUUUACUCGAGCUCGCGUGAUUUUGGACAGCGAUGUUCGCGGGAAAUAUUUAUUCGACCUUGCAUGUGAACAAACCUACAGUCAAGCACGAUUUUGUCGAGACGUCUUCAUUUUUGUUUGUGGACCAAACCGCGACAAUAUUGAUCCCGCUUUGAUCCCUGUCAUCAAUGAGAAUUUCAUGACUGGAACCUCAGUUGCUGUUAUUGCUCAAUUUGCACAGAAUUAUAAUGCAGGUGAUGUUUUUCAGGCUUACGAUUACGGACGAGAAGGUAAUUUGCAGAAAUAUGGUUCAACGAAACCAUAUCAAUACGACCUGACAAAAGUUACAGCUCCGGUGUAUGUCUUCUCAGGAAAUGCUGACCGAAUAGUUACACCGAAGGAUGUUGAUUGGCUUCUUACAAAACUUAGUAACCUGAAGGGCUCAACUCGUUUCUUCGAAUACAACCACUUGGAUUUCAUAUGGGGAACCGAUGUAAAGGAGAGGCUCUAUGAUAAUAUCUUAACUCUUUUAUCGUAAUGCCUUAGCCAAAAUUGCUCCUAAGCAGAUAUGGGUCACAAAUUAAAGUUAUCAAAAGUUAGAAAUAAAAUCUCGUUUGAUUAUUU